AUGGAACAGAUCGACCAAGUGAUAAGCACAUAAAUAGCUCCAUACCUGGAGAUGAUUGAGCAACUCCAACAAAAAUAGAAGGAAAAAGAAGCAGAAAUAGUAGUGCUAAAGUAUGCCUUGCUAGAAAUGGAUAGGAAAUUCUAAGAACUAGAAAAGAAGACCAAAGCAGCCCCAGCCCCCGCAGCUAGAGCUGGAGGUAGAACUACUGCUUCAACUGCUCCUAAGACUGGUGCUGGAGCUACUGGCAAAGGUUCAGCCUUAACCACUCCAAGAGGAACAUCAAGGUCAGCACAGCAACCUACAAGCAUGCAGGAUGCCAGACAAAGAUCUAAGACCCCCACAUCCAAUAGAAUGUAGAACUCCCUAAAUGCUUCAAUGACCUCUAAGACAGGUGUUAAUAGAGAAAGCGUGGUAGGCAAAGGUGCCACCAGUACUACUAGAGAUACUUCAAAGUCUAGAAACGGAGAACUUUAAUCUUCUGGUCUUAAAAAGGCAGCAGUAGGCGGGUCAUAAAGAUAAGCCAAGCCUGAAGAGAAGAAAGCAGUAGGAUCAUCAAAAGCAGCAGCAGUAGAUAGGAAUUCUCGAGCUUCUAGUAGACAAGGAAGAGAGCCGUCUUCAAAUACCUCAACUUUAAAGAAAGGAGCAUUAGGAGCGAAAGGAAACACUCAAGAUUAAAGCUUCUCAGGAAGACAGAGUGAUGUAGGAUUGAAUCAAAGUCUAAUCUCUGAAAAUCCAGUUACUCAUGCCACUUUCGGGAAAGCCACAUGCUAAAUGUAUCCAUGGGAGAAGAAACCAUCUAGAACUGAUCCAAGUGUCAAGCCUUCAGUUGAUCUCAAAUUAGCAUAUGUCCCCUCAUACAAUGGAAAAAAUGCUAGAAAUAAUAUUUAGUUCAUUGACGGACAGCACAUCAUAUUCUUUUCUUCAACAGUAGGAGUUAUUAUGAAUAUUGAGACUUAUUAACAACAAAUCCUUACAGGUCACACAGAUGAGAUAGUUUGCAUGAGUUAUUAGCCAUUAACCAAAACUCUCUGUACUGCAUAAAAAGCAGCCUCUAAAGAUAAAGAUCCUUAUUUCAUUAUCUGGGAUCUCAAUACUAAUGAAAAGUUAGUAAUGGGAGCUUCAUAUCAAAAGUCAAUUUAAUAAGUAGCUGUUGACGAAUCAGGUAGCUACCUCAUCACAGUAGGUGGAACAGAUAAGACUUCCGUCUGUCUUUGGGCUAUCAAAGACUUCGUCGAUGAAUUUAAAAAAGACAAAUUUUAAGCAGUAGUUAGAGGUAUUCAAGCAAGAGCUGAGUUUGAUCUGCCAAAACUAAAUGUGCAUUAGAUUAGAAUAGAUACCUUAACUAGUCAUGAGAAUAUCAUUAACAUAUGGAUGGGUACAGACAAGGGUGUAAGAUCAGUCCAAAUUGAUACCAAAGCUAGAUCAAUUUAGGAAAGCAAAAUUUAAUCUUAACUAACUAAUCAGAAUAAUGUGUAUGAUAUCUAAUUUGUAGAUGAUGAGGUAUACUUUGGCUGUGAGGAUGGAGUCGUUAUGUUCCUUGCAAAAAAUAGAUAAGAUUUAGACUCAUAUGAUGUAGAUGGCAAGUCAGUGUAGAGCUUAGGCUGCGUAAGAAGAAGUGGAGGAAAUGUCUUGAUUGUUUUAACAGAGGAAUCUGCUAAGGGUUCGAUAUAUGGCUAUAAAAUUCUUAAUGAGCAGUUUGAUUUAGUAGAUCAGGAAAUUUUGACUAAAUUAGGGUCAGAAAAUCUUAAAUUCAAGCCUAAAGCUGUCUGCGUAUACGAUGAAUUCGUUAUUAUUGGAUAUGAACAGAACACUAUUAUCAAGUAUGACCUAAAUACAAAUCAGAGAGAAGUAUUGAUAUCAGGACCAUUCUUUUAGCCAUAAUACUUAGCUGUACAUCCUCUUCACAAAGUUUUUGCAAUUGUUGGUUUGGAUAAAUUCUUGAGACUCUACUCUUACAAUUUCGCAGGUGAUAGAGUUAAAAACUGCUUAAUUAAUUCUAUUGAACUUUAAAACGAGGCUAAGUCAUGUGACUUUUCACCAAAUGGAAAAUUCUUUUGCCUAGGCUAUUAAAAUGGAGUAUUUGAAGUUUUCUAAUUAUAUGAUAACGAUGGAGAAUACUUCUAAAUCGAAUGUCUGAAGCUCUUCGACUUGAAUAGAAAAUAUGCAGUGUAAUGUGUGAAGUUCUCUCCUGACGGAAGAUAUCUUACUAUUUCUUGCCAUAAGGAUCUGGUAGUAUUCAGCGCCUAGUCUGAAGACUUUGACCAAGAAGGAUUAUUAAAAGGUAAUACUUAAACAGUGACAUUCCUUCAAUAUGACAAGCAAUCCUAAUACGCAAUGACUAAUUCAAUCGAUGGCUAAGUAUUAGUCUGGGAGCUUAUAUCAGGUUCCUUUGCCAAGACUGAUCCAGCCAAAGUUAAGGAUCUUGAAUGGGAUAGAAAAUGCUGCGUGUAUACAUGGGACAUUCAAGGAGCCUGGACUCCUGACAUGAAAGAGACAGACAUGAAUUAGGUCAGUAUAUCCAGUGAUAAUCAGCUGAUAGCAGUAGCUGAGAACCUUGGAAGAGUUAAAGUAUUCUGCUACCCAGCUUAUAUUCCAAGACAAAACUUCUUAAGUCUUGAUCAUGGACAUGUGAGCCACGUGAUAGGAGCACAGUUCACUAAUGAUGACAACUUCCUCAUCACAUUGGGAGAGCAAGAUUGCACUGUUAUGAUUUGGGCCUAUAAAUCAGUGAAUUAAAACAGCUCUGACAAUAGCACAAGCUCCCCCCUCAAUCUCUAGCUAGAUACAAAAAAACUAAUGAAGCUUGACGACUAAUGA